CAAGAAUUAAAAAGGAAGCUAGCUAUAAUCAUGUUAGAGACUAUUGUGGAUCUAAUCAAUUGUCUGGACUUCUAUCUGUUUAUAAUACUAUUUUUAAAACUAUUGAUUUGGUCUUAGCAGAUCAUUUGAUAUCUAUUCAACUUUUGCUUCAAAGAGCCCAAAUGAAUCAAUCAUUAUUAUAUCAAGAAAUAUUGGUUAAAGAACCCAAUAUUGAAGCUGAUAAGCUCUUAUUAGAUAUACCAAAUGAUGAAAUACUAGAACUUUGGGAAGUUUUUAUAUUGCAAGAACUUCGUCAUCUAAAUUAUAUUAUAUU